AUGACAUCAACUUUCAGACAGACUACACACAAAAGUUCAUCAACUACAUUCGAUGCACGUAAUGAUAACAAUAGUAACAACAGUAAUUUAUCCAUUACUGUUUCUUUGCAUUAUACAAAUAGUCAGCAUGAUGGUCGUGUAUCACAAUUUAUUGCUGAAGUCGCUCAUUUAGGUAGUCUGUCGCAUAGAUGUCAUGGCUAUAAUAAUCACUUUUCUAAUUCGAAACUAACACAACCCAUAAUUCAAUUUGUAAGUAAUCAAAAACAACAAAACUUAUCUAUUUAUUCAUUUGAGUAUUUGUAUUGGAUAUUUUGA